AUAUUCGAUUCGAUAUUCGAUAUUCGAUAUGCGAAUAUUCGAUAUUCGAUCCGAGCGCGGUCGGUGCGAUAUGAGUACUGAAAACCGACCGACAAACUAUGUCAACCACCACCCUUCUAGUUAAUGCAAUAAGCUUAAUAGAAAUGACUCAAGAUAGAGAUCCUGCUAGUAUAGCAGAGUUAUACAAGCAUCUUACCGAGGGCGAGCAACGAGCUCUGGGAUUAGAAAAGAUGUUGGAUGCUUUAGAAGCCAAGAUGGAUCAAUUGCUUGCGGAUGCAGAGGCCGAACUUGAGAGUAAGCAAGUUGAAGCUGCAACUAAAUCUGAUGCUGGAGAUGCUGAAACAGAAACAGAAACUAAAACAGAAACUGAUAAACAGGACAAGUCUCAGUAGAAGUGAGUAUACUACGGUAUUGAUUUUAUUCG